AUGGAAUCACCUAACGAUGGCACAAGAUUCUCCUUUGUAAAUUGCACAAUCAUUGGAACUGGAAAAAUCUACCUAGGAGGAGCUUGGGGUGAAUAUUCAACAGCAGUUUACUCAAACUACAGGAUUGCUGAUAUGAUAACUCCUAGCGGAUGGAGUGAUUGGAACAAGCCAGAGAGGAGAAGGUAUUACCAGAAUCUGGUGGCAGGAAAGGGUUUGUUCACUUCAGAUGAGGCGCUCUUCAGUGACCCUUCAUCUCAACCUACAGUCAUUGAUUUUGCCAACAGCCCAGGUGAGUUCAAUGGAGCUUUCAUCACCGCAAUGAGGAAGCUUGGGAGAGUUGGCGUCAAAACUGGUGACCAAGGAGAGAUUAGGAAGGAUUGCACAGCCUUUAAUUCAUGA